AUUAUAAACCAAACAUAUUAGGAAUGGUUACUUCACUCUUCUUGAUGUUAUGCUCACUAUCACAGAGCACCGCACUGGCGCACCAUCGUAAUGAAUAUUCAGUUCCCAAAGUAAAAGAAAUAAAGAAACUCUCCGACCGACUUUUGAGCAAUUAUAGCAAACAUAUCUUGCCGUUUGAGGGACCAUGGCCGUUUGUUAUAGAUAUACAUGUAUAUCUUGUCGCAGUUGGAGAUAUAGAUGAAAUUGACCAAAAACUGUCAACUGUAAUGGGGCUUGAAUACGAGGACUCGAUAAUUUACGACUCGAAGGGAUUGGCAUUUUUUGAUGAAAUGAUGAUCACGAGGACAACAUGCAACCUCGACAUGAGCUUCUAUCCAUUUGAUGUUCACACUUGCGAUAUAAAACUGAGCAUCGUUGGAAACAGCAAGUUUCAUUUCCAUUUAAAAACUUCUUGGAAGGAUUUAAUUUCACAUUCAGUUUCUGAGCAUGGCCCUUGGAGACUAAUUGAAGCGAGCAAAUCUUCGUUUUAUGGAACUUUAAAAAUUGUUAUGACAUUUGAAAGAAAAUCCUUAUUCAUUAUGUUGCAUAUUUUACUGCCUAUAAUUUCGAUUGCUAUUUUAACACCUACCGUAUUUGUCUUGCCGAAAAAGUCCGGAGAAAGGCUCGGUUUUUCAGUGACUAUGUUAUUAGCAGUAUCUGUAUAUACGACAAUAGUCAGUUACCAUCUUCCGCAAAAGGCAGAGUCUUUGCCACUUAUUUUGAUCCUGGUGUGUAUAUGGUACGUUAUGGACGCUGUUAUCGUGUUUAUUGUCAUUCUCAAUACAAAAAUCUACAAAUUAAAAAACGAUGGUUUUUUGCCCUAUGAGUGUGAGAAGGUUCGUGCACAUUACACACGUAAUAAUUUGCCGUAAUAAAAAGCAUGCUGUCAGAGUUGAACAGCCAGUAGUUGAACAAAAGAGUGCCGAAAGUGAAAACAAUGAUGCUGCAGAAAAGGCUGAACAAAUUCGAGAAGCCAAUAAAGAGCAGAAAGCCAAAUCAAGCAACGUCGACCGUGAUGAUGUUACAUGGCAGGACCUUAGCCAUUGUAUAGAUAGAUGGUGCUUUGUCAUAAGUUAUUUCAUAAAAAUUUUACUUCCUAUUGUAUUCAUGACGGUCAUGAAGGCUAAGAGUUGAAUACAUGAUAGAAAUGUAAUAAACAUGUAAACAGGA